AGUGGCUGUCACCUGCACGACCCAACCAGGGCUGGGGACAAACUGCAUCUGAGUAUCUACCACGAGCCUCAGUGGGUCUGAUAGUGAGACUGAAGGGAAGCAACGCAGCUCUGAUUCUUUUGAUGAUGCAUUCAAAGCAGACUCUCUUGUGGAGGGAACUUCCUCCCGCUAUUCCAUGUAUAACAGCGUCUCCCAGAAACUUAUGGCCAAGAUGGGCUUCAAGGAAGGUGAAGGACUGGGUAAAUACAGCCAGGGUCGGAAGGACAUCGUUGAGGCCUCUAAUCAGAAAGGUCGAAGAGGCUUGGGUCUGACAUUGCAAGGCUUUGACCAGGAGUUGAAUGUGGAUUGGCGAGACGAGCCAGAGCCCAGUGCCUGUGAGCAAGUGUCAUGGUUCCCAGAGUGCACCACUGAGAUUCCUGACACUCAGGAAAUGAGCGAUUGGAUGGUUGUGGGAAAGAGAAAGAUGAUUAUUGAAGAUGAAACAGAGUUUUGUGGGGAAGAUCUGCUUCACAAUGUGCUGCAGUGCAAGAGUGUUUUUGAUGUCCUGGAUGGGGAGGAGAUGCGGCGAGCUCGGACCCGGGCCAAUCCCUACGAGAUGAUCCGAGGAGUCUUCUUCCUCAACAGGGCGGCAAUGAAGAUGGCCAAUAUGGAUUUUGUAUUUGAUCGCAUUUUUACAAAUCCGCGGGACUCUUGUGGGAAACCACUGGUGAAGGACCGGGAAGCUGAGCUUCUGUACUUUGCUGACGUCUGUGCAGGCCCAGGUGGCUUCUCGGAGUAUGUGCUGUGGAGGAAGAAGUGGCACGCGAAGGGCUUUGGGAUGACUCUGAAAGGCCCGAACGACUUUAAGCUGGAGGACUUCUACUCAGCCUCCAGUGAACUCUUUGAACCUUACUAUGGUGAGGGUGGGAUUGAUGGAGAUGGAGACAUCACCCGUCCAGAGAACAUCACUGCUUUUCGGAAUUUUGUCCUGGAUAACACAGACCGCAAGGGUGUCCACUUUCUGAUGGCUGAUGGGGGUUUCUCUGUGGAGGGACAGGAGAACCUUCAAGAGAUCCUCAGCAAGCAGCUGCUGCUCUGUCAGUUUCUCAUGGCGCUCUCUGUUGUCCGGACAGGAGGCCACUUCAUCUGUAAAACCUUUGACCUGUUCACACCAUUCAGUGUGGGGCUCAUCUACCUGCUAUACUGCUGCUUUGAACGAGUAUGUCUCUUUAAGCCGAUUACCAGCCGUCCUGCCAACUCAGAGAGGUAUGUGGUGUGCAAGGGCCUGAAGGUGGGCAUAGAUGACGUGCGGGAUUACCUCUUCUCAGUCAAUAUUAAAAUCAACCAGCUUCAGAACAGCGAUUCCGAUGUCAAUCUUGUGGUUCCCUUGGAGGUGAUCAAGGGAGACCAUGAAUUUACCGACUACAUGACACGGUCCAAUGAGAGCUACUGUAGUCUGCAGAUCAAAGCUCUGGCCAAAAUCCGUGCCUUUGUUCAAGACACGACUCUGAGUGAGCCUCGGCAGGCAGAAAUCCGGAAACAGUGCCUUCGUCUUUGGGGGAUCCCAGACCAGGCUCGAGUUGCUCCUUCUUCCUCAGACCCAAAAUCUAAAUUCUUUGAGCUAAUCCAGGCACCCAUACUGAGCGCCUGUCCCUUCCCCCAACCCAGCCGUGUUUUCUCUGACCCGGGGCUGCAGGGCACUGAGAUUGACAUCUUCAGCUAUAAGCCCACGCUGCUCACCUCCAAAACCUUGGAGAAGAUCCGCCCAGUGCUCGACUACCGCUGCAUGGUGUCUGGCAGUGAGCAGAAGUUCCUCCUCGGCCUGGGGAAGUCACAGAUCUACACAUGGGAUGGCCGUCAGUCAAACCGCUGGGUCAAGCUAGACCUGAAGACAGAGCUACCCCGGGACACUCUGCUCUCUGUGGAGAUUGUCCAUGAGCUGAAAGGGGAGGGGAAGGCCCAGCGGAAGAUUAGUGCAAUCCACAUCCUCGAUGUCCUCGUGCUGAACGGCAGCGACGUGCGGGAGCAGCACUUCAACCAGCGAAUUCAGCUCGCUGAGAAAUUUGUGAGAGCUGUUUCCAAGCCUAGUCGGCCUGACAUGAAUCCCAUCAGGGUGAAGGAGGUGUACAGGCUGGAGGAAAUGGAGAAGAUUUUUGUCAGGUUAGAGAUGAAGAUCAUCAAGGGCUUCAGUGGCACACCGAAGCUCAGCUACACAGGGCGGGACGACCGGCACUUUGUGCCCACUGGUCUCUACAUCGUCAGGACAGUGAACGAGCCAUGGACUAUGGGAUUCAGCAAAAGCUUUAAGAGGAAGUUCUUCUAUAAUAAGAAAACCAAGCUCUCUACCUAUGAGCUCCCUGCAGAUGCCAUUGCCCCAUUUCACAUCUGCUACUAUGGCCGGCUCUUCUGGGAUUGGGGGGAUGGCAUCAGUGUACAUGACUCCCAGAAGCCCCAGGACCCAGACAAGCUGUCCAAGGAGGAUGUCCUCACCUUCAUCCAGACCCACAGCGCCUGAGGCCCAGGGACGCCCACUCCUGCUGAACGUCCUGUUGUUCAGAGUCAGGGUGCUCUGCCUGCACCCUCCCUCUCUCGAAAGAGACAGGGGAGCACAGUCACUGCAGCCUGGCCAUGAGGGGUGGGCGGUCUCUCCAUAUCCCCUGAAGAUCUCAGUCGGGGACCUUCAGAGGACACUCAUAUGUUCCUUCUGGGACACCUUUUAGACUUCCCUCCCCGAGACCUGCCUGGGAACUGUCUCCCUGCCAGGACUCGGCCUGAAAGACGCUCCUAUGGCGGGUGUGCGGUCAGGGCCCGGGGCACGUGGGGCCAGUGGAGGACGUGUCAGAGGGCAGCAGGGCUUUAGCUCUGAUGUUUUCUUCUGUAUCCUGUAGACUCACUUUUCUGAGUUCUGUGCACUGCCCUGAGGGCGGCCAUGCCCCAGCUUUGCCCACCUUUUUACUGGGCCACCCUGAGUGGGUGACGGCCUACUGUCGUGAGCUGGCCAGGCGCAGCUGCUGUACAAAUCAAGGUUUUGUUUCUUUGAACUUGCUCUGUUUUGAUGCCAAGUUGGAAAAGAUUUCCUUUCCCCCCACCCUGUCUUGGUCUUCCCUGGACUUCUCAGCCCAGACCUCUGACAGUCCCGCAGGCCGGGAAGGGAGGUAGUGGAUAUGACUGCCUCCUGGGGUGAUAGAGCCUUCCCUGGGCCCCAUCCCCUUUUGACCCGAACCUUGGAAUGCUCUAGAAGGGAAGGAGCACCCUCCAAGCCCUGCCUUUCCUUCUCCAUGCCCCAGCAGCAGUGGCCCCACUGCAACAGAGGGUGCCUCUGGGGUGGGAUUGCACCCUACCCUCUGGCAAUCAUGGCACCCUCAUUUGCUACAGCCACCUUGCUACCCUUUAUCCCUUCCCCAAAAGGGGUACAGUCACCUUUGUCAUUUUAUAGUCACUCUAUUUCCUCUAUGGUGGUGGCUGAGGGGGAAGAGGGGAAGCUGGGCUGUAGCUUUGGGUGGGGAGGGCAUGGGUGGUUGUUUUUACUGGGAAAUACCUGUCAGAUGUUCAUACAGGCUCCCGAGGGCCCCGUCCCAAUGCUAGACUGGUUUCCAUGGAGACAGGGCACUGAGGCUCCCUGUAAGGUUGGAAUUGGCUCCACCUCGGGGUGGGGGGUGUCUCCAGCCAGUAUCCAGUGCCCCCUCUCAUCGGGUUGGCAGCAGCACUGCUAAAAUGUUGUAUUUCCACCCACUUCUGGGCAUAUCUGUGUGUCUUGCAAAAUCUUGGAUCAUUAAAGAUGAACAUAUUUUUAA